UAAGAUCAGAAAUGAUAAGAAGAGGACUUAUGGAGCUAAAGAGGAAGAUAUUGCUUUCAUCUAGGAUCAGCUGAAAGAACGGAAAAGAAUAAUUGGAACAAAAGAUAAAAAGUUUUCAUAUGCCGUUGAAAGAUCACAGAAGAAUCAUUUGACUACCAGGAAUAGUAAAGGAAACACUGCAAAUAAUCUUAACAUUUCACACAGGUUUGCAAGUAGUCAUGAUAGUAAUUCUGAUUCAGACUUUGAAGCAGAUAUCAACAAAGAAGAGGCUGGCUCCUUGAUUUUCCUUCCAAAAGAUAUUCUACAGAAAACAACACUUACUGCUAUAGAAGAAGGGCUGUAUGCUAGACAACAUACUGCAACUGUGUCCAGUAUCAUUACAAACUCUGGAGGUUCUGUGGCAAAUUUUGUUGUGUCUAGCGCAACAUCAUUUAGAGCUGUAGAAGAAGUUUUGAUCAAAGAAACAGAAAACAUUAGAAAACAAAUUUCUACUCUUGCGCAGUCAUCAGUAUCGCUUAUAAUUCGGCAUUAUGAUAGCAAGAUUGUUAAAGAAUUCACAGAUGGGAAAGAAUUGCAAUAUCACAGACUUGCUGUAUUAAUUAGGAUAAAUGGAAAGACAGAGCUACUUAGUACUCCACCUCUAACUUUAAGUGCAGGAGAGGAUCAGAAAACUGCAAUCAUGGAACUUCUUAGCCAAUUUGAAAAUACGAACAAGUUUCACGGAUGUGUUUUUGAUACAACUAAUUCUAACACUGGUAAACAGAAAGGAGAAUGCAUUAAACUAGCUAAAGAAGUUGACAGGCCUUUGCUUCUAUUAGCAUGCAGACAUCAUGUGUAUGAAAGACACAUUGUUUAUUGUUAGAACAUCUAUCCCAGUAGUAACACAAAUGGACCAGACAAUCCUCUUUUUAAAAAGCUUAAGCUUCUUUGGAACUCUUUGGAUCAUGAUUCUACUGUACUAAAAAGAAUCAAGGUUGAGGAUAUUAUUGACAACUGGUUGCAAGAAAGCUUUGAAGAUCUUUGUAAACGUUAUAAAGAAUGUAAAGAUGAAGAAGAAUGGAUGCAGGUGUGAUUAUCUUGAGUUAGCCGAACUCACAGUAAUGUUACUAUCUGGAGAUGUGCAGUACAGACUCCGAAAACCAGGACCUGAUAUGAAAGCACUGUGGCAGAUCAUAAGAUACUAUGAUGUCAAACCUGAGCUGGCAAAACCUGCUAUUGACUCAAUGAAGAGACACACCUGGUAUAUUGAUCCUACCGCUGUUUUAAUGGCUUUAGCUGAUGAAGAGGUUCAUGACCGUGACAAGAUUGCCAAGAAGCUGUAUUCCAUGUCAAGGCCUGAGAAUUAUGUUGUACACAGACAACAGGUAGAUUUUGAAUUGUCGAAGAAUCUGGAUUUUUGUCAGGAUAAUCCUCCUAGCUUGGUUUCACUGAUAAAUGAACAAGGUGGGUUAAUAUUUCAUCUCUUGAACCAGGGAAGGCAGAGUUACAGUGGUUAAAAACCCCAGUUGAGACAUGGAACCUGAAUGAUUAUUAUAUGGAGUUUAAACAAUUUAAGAUUUAGUGAAAAUCCUUUUUUUUAUCCCUGAAAA